AAGACGCAUUGUGCCCCCAUGCGUGACGGGGAGGUUAACAACAUGUUGGCACGUUUCCGCAUUGGAAGUCGCGAAGGCAACGUGGAACAACUGGUAAUGGGUAUGUGCAAGCUUUUGAGUGUGCUUGAGCAUAUGAAACUGGACUUGGCCAACCACUAUCUUCGCUGGAUGCGGCCUGCUCUCAUCACGGAGACGGUUCAUUACGAGCAGCGCAGAGUCAGCGAGGAGAUUGCAACAUGCAGGCUGGACAUUGGACGGUCAAAGUUAUGGUAUCAUCGCGCACAGCUCAAGUACGCCCAUGAGUGCACUGAAGGCUUUGGCGACAUGUCCAUCUUUUUCCGUGCCAUUGCGCGCCUCGUGCGACCUUCUCGCGUACAGAAAGACGAUGCGAUUCCGCCCGAGACCUUCCACUACGACAAGGACAGGCUGCUACGCAUUCGCAAUGACGUUCUCGAUGCCGUGAACAUUGUCAUCUGCAUGCGUAUCUACGAACACGUCCUACGCAUUCUCGGCGAGCGCCAAAGCGAGAUGGAGACAAACAACUUGUACUUAUCCUUGGUCGCCAUCCUCCAGUCGACGUCCACCAAUGUCGAUCAAGCCAAGCGCUGGGCGGAGGCUGUCCCGCACAUGGCCGUUGAGAUCUUCCGCCAUGCUAAAGCCCCAGCCUAUAUGCUCGCCAUGGUCGAGUCCGCGCUUGGCGAAGUCCUUUCUAACCCCCACGACGAACUCUUCCUGGAAGUGGAAGCCGACUAUCACCGGCGUCUUUUAAUGGACCUCUGCAACCGCGUUCGGGAAUACAAGGGGAUGAGCAGCUGGAGCCUGUACACAGCCGCCGUAGAGAAAAGGAUACCCACCAGCGGCAAUAUGCCCCGCGACUUUUAUGAAUGCCUGCGAGACGGUAUGGACAGUGGCGUCAGUGAUCUGGCCGUGAGGUUGGCACACGUCGGGAUUCUGCACUGGUGGGUCUGGGCGGACCUGGCGUAUCUCGGCGAGUGA